AUGGCAAUGUUGGCUAAUUAUUCCGAAUCAUUUUCUUCAGUGCAUUUUAGAGCGAAAUCAUACAUUAAAAACGUUAUGGAGGCAACCGACAAAGAAAAAAUUUGGUGGGUUGAAGGAACUUAUCCGUCUAUUAACGGUGAAAGGCUUCCUUUGGUCCUUGCAAGGGAUGUAUCAUUCGAGGAGUUUGCCAAGAAAUCUGAAAAUGCCAAGGCGGGAAGAUUUUGGGACUAUGAUAAGGGCAUUGUGACGAUUAUUGAGUUGCCAUCUGGUGACCAUGAAGGUACAAUAGGCGAAUUCACUCGCCAAAUUUUUGAUCAAAUUAGAAAUGCAUCACCUCAGGAUAACGUUAGAUUUUGGGGUGCGAAAAAAUUAUAUGACCUGACGACGGGUGAGUACAAAGAACCCGAUGCCUGUUUUGUGCCUCGACGUCUGUUAAAUCUGCCAAACCCGGUGCCUAAUCCAUGCGAUAAGGGUGGGAACCCAUGGCCAACUGUUAUCCUCGAGGUUGUUUCCUUUGAAACGCUUGAACGCAUGAGGAACAAGAUCAACAACUUUUGGCUAGGUCCAAAUCGUUGCGAGGAUGUGAUUGUCAUUAGAUUGGGCAAUUGGAGUAAUAGGCGCCGUGAUCGAAAUGGACAACCUUUGCGUCGUUUGCGAUGUUUGAAAUUCUGUCGACGUACAACUCUUCAACUAAACCCAAACGCUACGACAUUUGAUCCAAUUCAAGAGAUUGAGUUUGGGACUGCUGGCGCAAGCGGAAGGCCUAGUAAUUUUUGCUCGGCCCCCCAAACGAAAUGGCUUACAAUUGACCGUGAUUGCAUUUAUGCGGGAUGUGAUCAUCCUCUCCCUCCUCUUCAGGUUCUUUCUCAAACUUCUGCGCCUGGAGUUGCUAUCGAUUUAUAUGAGAUACAACAGGCGAUUUUCGAUGCUAUGGAUAAAAGUUAA